AUGAGGAUAGAACACGAGCCGAAGUGUAACGGAGGAGCGGCAACAGCCGCCUACGUACAGUACAACAACAACAUGCAAUCGCCAAUCGGGUACCGGCCUCCGAUGCAGUUCAUUCACAGUCCGGUGUCGGAGAAUGGUAUUCCGAGAAUGGUGCAAGGAGGCAGGUUACCGAGAAGUUCGAUAGGAUGCAUUCCGCCGAGACAGGUGGAAAGGCAGUCGCCUGAACAAUGCCUGAUUUAUUCGCAGUAUAACUCGUCGUUGAAUAAGUUGACGGUGAGCUCAACUUGAAGGAAACCAAAGCAAAUAAACCGCGGCAAUUACAGUUUCAGGACGAUCGGGGGUGUUACGCAUUGCCACGUCACAUGAACAACCACAAGAACUCGUCGUCGCCGCGGCGGAGUCCUCGGCCAUCGAUCUACAACACCUACUCGAACUACUCGUCGAACCCAUCUAACCAUUCGGGCCACUCGGGCCACUCGGGCCAUUCCGGGGAACAGUCUAUAGCUUUGAGUGAUGUGAGUGUGCCCUGCUAUUGUGGUGUCCAUGCUACUCCUCCCCUCUUGUCCGCCGUUUAGUCCUUGUCAUUUCCCUUCACUUUGUUCUUGUCUGUUUUCGAAACCAAAUGAAAUUGUUCAGUUCAGACGUGCGAGUGCACACAGUACGGCUCGAUGCGCCGCUUCACACCACCAGUUUCGAGUCCGGCCGCCGUCAUCGCCGAUGCACCAUACCAGGGAGAAUCGUUUGUUCUCAACGAGAGGAGCUACCUUAUAUGA